AUGGAGGAUGCAGUGCAAUGUGAUGGGUGUAAACGACACUUGUGUUUUACUUGUAGUGGACUUACUAGCAGUGAAAUCAAAGUAAUGGGCCUAAAAACCAAACGUACAAUGCUGUUCCUAUGCAAACCAUGUCGCGAGGGGCUGUUUCAAGUACCGAUUUUAAUAAAAGCUGUUGAUGCAUUGCGGGAUGAAGUACAGCAGUUGCGAUUGGAACUGGCAUCGAAAUCUGGCCUAACUGAUGCCACUUCUGCUUCAAAAACCGUCACGUCCGAUGUUAUAGCGGAAAUACGUGAGCGGGAGCGCCGAGCGUGCAAUAUUUUGAUCGCGGGCACCAAGGAAUCUGAGGCGGAAGAUGUGCAAAUACGCCAGAAACAUGAUGAAAAUGUGGUGAACAAUAUUAUUAGAAAUCUAAACGACGAAAUAUCCCCAAGUGAUGUGCUUAAAAUUAUAAGGCUAGGAAAAAGAGAAACAGGCAAGACUCGUUUGCUCAAAGUAGUGUUUAAGUCUCGCUGGGUAGCUGUCAAGGCACUUCAAAACAAACAAAAGUUGAGCAAACCGUUGCAAAUCUACUGCGACCAAACACCAAAACAAGGAGAGGCCCUACAGGCUCUGCGUACCGAACUGCUGGCUAGGCAAGAGAAGGGUGAAACAGACAUCACAAUCAAAUAUGUCAAAGGAGAACCCAAAAUUAUAAAACAAAAAAACUAA